AUGGCCAGACUUUAUGCUGAACAUAUUUUAAUCAAGUGGUAUAUUUUUCGUGAAAUUGCACGAAAGUAUGACUCAGCUCUGUGGACAAAGCAAGCUUUAGUUUAUAUGCAUUAUUAUACAUUUUGCCAUAUAACUCAAUAUUCUUUGUGGAAAGGAAUUUUCUUUCAGAUCAUAACAAUCAGGAGUACUUUUUCGUGGACGUUUAUUGAUGUUUUUAUAAUGUUAGUCACUACAGCUUUUGCUCUGAGAGUUAAACAAUUUACGUUUAAAGUUGAAAUUUUGGCGAAAUCAAAGGCCAAUAACAUUAAGCUGUGGAAAAAACUACGGCAGGAGUACUAUCAGCUCUACCAAUUAUGUUGUCUCUUGAAUAAUAAGUUAACAUACAUAAUAUUUUUAUCCUAUGGUACUAAUAUGUAUUUUAUUCUAAUGCAACUUUUUGGAAGCAUGAAGCACUUGACGAGUACUUUGAGAAAAGUUUAUUACUAUAUGUCAUUUUUUCUUCUAAUAGCUAGGUUGUUGGGCGUUACCUUGUUUGGCGCAAGUGUUAGCAACGAAAGUGGUAAAAUUCUACCUUUGUUAUUUUCUGUACCUUCUCCUUCAUACAACAAAGAAGUCGAACGCUUGAUAGAUCAAGUUACUAAGAACGAAAUAGUUAUUUCCGUUAUGAAUUUUUUCAAAGUAAAUAAGGCGUUACUCUUUAAGUUUACUGGAGUUUUGGUAACUUACGAACUCGCUUUAAUGCAAUUCAAUACAUACUCUCUGAACACAGAUGAAACUAUUUCCAGACUUACUGAUCAGGUGUUGUAUAUAGAAAUUGCUCUUUCUGGAAAGAGAUUUUUUACUGUAAGAAAAAGAGCUGUUUUGACCAUAGCUGGUAUUGUAGCAACAUACCAGUUGGUACUAAACCAGUUAAACACACAAAUAGUACCAAAUUUUAAUACUGACAGUAGUUCAAAUAAAACUGCAUAUCCUAAAAACUAG